AUGAUUGCAUUUCAAGACUACUUCUCUAUUCAGGUGUUCUUCCUGAUUUUCAGAGAGACUCUUGAGACGGCUGUUAUUGUAUCUGUGCUACUGGCAUUUUUAAAACGUGGGUUGUCUAAUGAUAAACCGUCGCCAUCAGAUGGUUAUUCUUCUAUUGAUAAUACCGAUAAUGAAACGGUAACGAAUUCACCAACGAUCUCGUCGGCAGAUAAUUCCAGAGUGUAUAGACAGCUGGUGCUACAAGUAUGGAUUGGCGCUGCUCUAGGUUUAUUUAUUUGUCUGGUUAUUGGCUCGUUGUUUAUUUUCGCAUUCUAUUAUUUGGGUACUAAUUUGUGGAAUGUCACUGAGCGAAUUUGGGAAGCGACAUUUUCUAUUCUGGCAUCGCUCAUUAUCACCGGCAUGGGCUUGACCAUGCUGAGAAUCAACAAAAUGAAGGAGAAGUGGAGACUUAAAUUAGCCAAAAUUAUUAUUGAUACUCACGAAGGACAUGCGGGAUGGGGCUUGAGCUACUUUUCUCGUAAAUAUGCUAUGGCCAUCUUGCCAUUAAUUACGACUCUUCGAGAGGGGCUCGAGGCAGUUGUGUUCCUCGGAGGUGUUGGUGUCAGUAAUCCUAUUUCCUCAUUCCCAUUAGCUGUUAUCACAGCUAUAGCUCUUGGCUCAUAUAUUGGAUACUGUAUGUACCAAUACGGCAGCCAUGUUUCUAUCCAAUAUUUCCUUAUUGGCUCGACAUGUUUCUUGUACCUCGUGGCAGCCGGCUUGAUCUCUCGUGGUGUCUGGUUCCUUGAACUCGAGAGUUUUAUCAAGAAGGUUGGUGUUGACAUCAGUGAGAAUGGAUCGGGUCCUGGCUCUUACGAUAUCACCAACUCUGUAUGGCACGUCAACUGUUGUAACGGACAGACCGACGGACUGUGGAUGCUAUUCAAUGCACUCUUCGGAUGGCAGAACAGUGCCACCUAUGGCUCAGUCAUUUCGUACAAUCUGUACUGGUAUGUCGUGAUCAUUUCUAUUGUCCUUAUUCGUUAUAAGGAGGUACACAACAAACUGCCACUGAUUCCCGAAUCCUGGACUGCUUCUCGCAAACACAAGCAGCUCCACUCAACUGCAUCUGCUGAAGACCUGCUCAACCGAGCCACUGCUCUCUACACUGCCAACAAUAGCGAAGUGUCGUCUGUCGCCCCAGGAGCACCACGGCCCUCUCACGACUCUGUCCACAGUGACAGUCCGUUAAUACGCUAA